AUGAGUGGGAUUCAUCGCUUCCUCACCCGGCGUGAUCGGCAGAAAGGUGCUGGCCGUCACGGUAAAGAAGAGAACACCUCUACUCCUUCUAUGCCUCUACUACGAGGCUUCUUCGUUUCACAGGCGACUAAAGAAGACAGUCAUGAUCAUGAAAAGAAGGUCAAGACUGUCGAAGCUUACCUUCGCUCCCUUGGCUACAGCACACUAGAAGAGGAGCACGUUCGACAUGCGCUGAAGAACACCAAAGACGAUGUCGAGAAAGCGAUCAGCCUCCUGCUCUUGCUGGAAGAUUCCGUUGAGGGUAUCAUUCGGCCCUACACACCCAAUAUCAGGCUUCUGGGUGCCGAGAACCGACAAGGUGUCACCUGCUACUUGGAUGCGCUGCUUUUCGCCAUGUUCGCGCGACUUGAUUGCUUCGAGGCAAUUCUGUACAAGUCGUUCAAUGAUGAACCCCGCCGAAAGCUCGCUAUCCUUCUGCGAUUUUGGGUGAAUCUUCUACGAGCAGGGAAGCUUAUCACUACCGACAUCACCCAGCAUAUCCAGGAGUCUUUAGCAGAGUGUGGAUGGGAGGAUGCAGCCAAUCUUCGACAGCAGGAUGCCUCCGAGGCAUUCACUUUCAUUACUGAGAAGCUUGAAUUGCCCCUCCUGACCCUCAAGAUGGAUAUCUACCACACGGGCAAGGAAGAUGUCAGCGAUGACCACAAGUUCAUCAACGAGCGGCUCCUCGAGGUGGCCAUUCCACCUGAACCAACUGAUGGCAGCAUUCUCACUCUUGAGGACUGCCUGGAAGCAUACUUCAACAAUCGCAUUGAAGUAAAGCGAUAUCUCGAGAGACGUAACACUCUGAGCUCCCGCUCUGUCGAUUCACUCUCCAUCUCGAAGGGGUUCAGUGCACAUGUCGAAGAAGUUGAGACAACGCCUGUACUGUCUCCAGCCCAGUCCACGUCGCCUGUACCCGAGAAGUCUAGCCCGUUCUCAUCAUUCUCGGGAGCUGGCGACUCCAUUGGCUCACGAAAGCUCGGCCGGCGUGAUAGCAUUGUUCGUGAAAGAUUCAUCCCGGACACCAGUGGCGAGCAGAUUGGUGGUGGAGAUUCGCCCACAUCGGAGCAGCCGCGGAGAGGCGUCCUUAGGAAGGAAGUAAUGAUGCCCGCGUGGCAAUUCUUCAGCCUCAUCCCUUGGUACACCGAUAACACACCCACCACCGAUGCUCAGGUGGCAGCGCACUUUUCCUCCAAGCGGCCUAUUCUCGGCAUGUGCCUGAAGCGUUACUCGUUUACUCCAAACGGGAAGGCUAUCCGGCUAAACACAUACAUCGACAUCCCGGUUGAGAUCGGUCUCCCCCAUUUCAUCCAGGAUGACAACAUGGAUGAAGAUGCUCCCAUGUAUGGGAAUUUCAAGCUGUCCUUGCAGGCGGUGGUCUGUCACCGUGGAACCUCGGUGGACUCGGGCCACUACAUCGCCCUGGUUCGGGGUACCAGCCCCAACGCUGCCCCACCCAGCUCUCGGGACGGUGCUACGCCAGUAAGCACCGAAACGCCCAAGCACUGGAUGCGGUUUGACGACCUUGGGUCUGAUAGAAUCACCCUCAUCGAUAUUGAGACUGCACUGAAAACUGAGUCUCCUUAUCUCUUGUUCUAUCAGAUCCUUCCCAUUGACCAGGAUGCAUCCCUGGCCAAUCUCUCGGACAAGCCCUCUUCGUUCGUGUCGGAUGCUACACUCGACGUCGAGAUGGGCGAUGUGUAUCGAAAGCUGUCAAGCCUAGCGGUUGACACGGAUGGUAGCACCACCGAAGAUGUCACCUCUGCCAGGCCUAGCUUUGAGAUCACUAGCCCGGACAAUACCACUCAGCCUCUCGCGAGCGCUGAGCGACGUUUGAGUGUGGCAUUCUCAGAUCCUGCCCCUAUCGGGCCCCCUCGCUCAAUGCCGUCGAUGUCACCUCGUUUGACGGCCAUGGAAGGGAGGGUACCAGGGGAUCGUUUAGUUUCUCUCGGCGUGGCUCUCGGAACACCAAGAGCAAUUCUGGUAGUCGUGCAGGCAGCCAGCCCGGCGACAACAGAAUUAGCUCAACCUUUUCUCGCUUCGCUGGUCGUCUGA